CCCACUUGUUCGGUAUCAUCCACAGUGUGUACGCUACACUGCUGCCGUGACGCGCGACGAACGGCGGCGACGUCCACAGAUGUGCGCGUGUGUAUUAUUGUGCUCUUUAGUGUCAAUCACUCUGUGAGACUAGGCUCUACCAUCUCCUGGAGGGGUGCAAAGAAGAGGGGCUUUUGUUUUGUCGGAAGUUGUGUGACAACCACAAUGGCGAGCUGACCAUUGUUUAAGGCUGACAAUGGAAGUGGAAGUGAUUGAUGAAGAGGCUCGAUCAACGGGAUGUUAAGAAGGCUAAUCUCGGCGGUAUUGGCGCGCCUGGAAUCCAUGUUUGGAUUGUUUUGUAUGACCCGCUGAAGCUCGGGAACGGUAGUGCAUUGACAGUUCAAGUGAUAAACAGUACAAAAAGUCGCCGAGCACGUCCCGAUUGCGCAGUUUUGUAUGGAAAUUGACAGCUACGUCUGAAACGCGAGUUCUACCACCAGAAAUUUCGGUACAACGACGACGACGACGUGACCUGCAGCUGUGUGCGUGUGUGUUUGUGCACCACAACACACCAACCAGAAGGCAGUGUGGAGGAGGAAGGAACGAAAAAGAGCAGAGAAAACGAACCUCUUUCAAGUUCGUGUGUAACGUGGAACGCAGGGAGAAGACGACGGCGAGCAGAGCAACACAAACAAAAAGUUGUAAAAAUUUCUCUGAAUUAAUAACAGAGAGGAACCACGGCGCGGAGUUUCGUGCGGAGAGGUCGGUCGGAAGAAUAAUAUUUGUCGGUGUGGCCUUUUUUGUCGGGAUUCGUCGUCGUGUUGGAUAAGAAAAGGGAGCCGAAAAUAUUUCCCUUUUAUGUUGCUCGCCACGAACAGCAACUCCACCAUUACACUGCCAGAUAGUAAGCAGCUCCAAAAACGGAGUUGUUAUUGAAGUGUUUUGAGCGCGCCAGCUCAAAAUUUCGGCGUGAAAUCCCACAAAAAAAUUAGAACCAAGAAUGGAGCGAAAUAAAUAAAGAAAUAAAAACUUCAGCACGCACCAACAUCCAGAAUCAAAAAGGGGAAAUUCCCGAGAAAAACCCCGAAGAAGUCAAAUCUCCAAAUGUUUUGAUGCGCGAAAAAAAAUCGUUGAAAACGCGCGCGCCCCCCACUCUGCUCGAUGAAAAUGGGGAGGAAAAUUAGUGAAAAAAGAAAGAUGAAGCCAGCGACGAUCAUCCGUUAGAAGGAAAGGAAGAAGAGGAAGAAGUGAGCAAGUGUGUUAUUUUCGGGGGUGGAAAAGCAGGAAAAAAAGAUAAGAGCAAAGGUGUGAAAAAUCGUGCGUGAGAGAGGGAGAGCGAAAGAGUUUUCGUGCGGGGUAAAGUUUGGAGUAGCGCACUGAUAACAGCGGCAGCAGCCGAAGUAUUGGCACGAAGAAAAAGAAAGGAGAACGGAACGAGAUAACGCAAAGGAGUGCGGAAAGCAGAGCAGAAACAUGGCUGGAAAUAUUGUUAAAUGGUGGAAGCACAAGAUUCUUGGCGGAUACAAACAGUUUACAGUGCUCCAGGAAUGCGCCACCGACUCGGAGGAACUCAUCUACCCGGUGCGGGCGCCGUCCGCCUGUAGUGCCCCGCCGGAUCUGCUGCUGACCAGCGACCGGGAGCAGAUGAUGAAAGUGAAGGGAGGUUCCAAGCACCACCACCACAACCACCAUCAGCAGCAGACGCAAUCGUCACAUCAUCAAUCAUCACAGCAGCAGCAAAAUCUUGGCCAUCAUCACCACAAGUCGUCCUUGGCGGGGGGCGGAGGUGGUGGUGGUGGCCCCCAACAGCAUCACGGCAAGGAUCAGCAGUUCCGGAAGUGUUCCGGCGGCAACGGGAAGACGGCGACGAUCAAGAGCGAUCCCGACCGGGUGCGGCUGGAGGAGUUCACCUGCGACGUCUCGCUGGAGGACGGCAAGAAGCCCCAGCCGCUGCAGUUUUCGUUCACGCUGUACGACCUGGACGGUCACGGCAAAAUCACCAAAGAUGACAUCGCUGGCAUUGUGUCCACGAUCUACGAGUCCAUAGGCAAAUCGGUAGUAGUUCCUCAUUACGGCAGCAAGACGAUCAACGUGCGGCUGACCGUGUCCCCGGACGGCAAGAGCAAGUCGAACCCGGCGCCCACCAAGAAGGCCGUCAUUACGCCGCGACGACGCUACCGACCCCGGAAGCUGCUGUCGGACGACGACGGCAGUGACACGUCGGAGAACUGCCCGCGGGUGGCGGCGAUGCGAGGUCGGGCGAACACGGUGGUAGCGAACACCAGCGUGAGUAUCAACAACAAUAACAACAACGUGAAGACGAAAGAGUCCAAGGGGGCUGGUGGUGGAGAGGAUGUGGUCGAUGGUCCUGCGACGGGACUGAGCAAGAGUUCCGAAGCGGUGGAGACCACGAUUCACAACAAUCUCAACGGAAAGAGCAAAAAUCUGAAAACUGAGCACAUCUACGAGAGCAUCAGCAAUCUGAAGUGCUGCAACCUGCAGGCAGCAGCCAAGAGCAAUCUCCAAAGCCCGGCCACGACGACUGCGCUGAACAACUCCGCCACCUCGACGACGCUGGUCUGCCAGGACUGCACGCUGGAACGUUACGUGAUGGACGAGACGCUUCCACUGGGGGCGACGUUGGUCAUUCCGGCUGCGACCUCGGCAGCGGUUGCCGCAACGGCAGCGGCCGUCAGUCGAGCGAAACGCAAGGUAGUGCGCAAGUCACGCUCCUCGCGGAAGGCCACCAAGCUGGCGGAGGAGUUCAGCCGGCCACGGGUGCGUAGCCUGUCGGUGGGUAACGAGAACUGCUACGAGAACUUGAUCGUCGACAAGGAGGAGUGCUGGAAGAGUUCACUCUGCCGCCGGGAGCUGAUUGAGAUCAUCCGGGAUAGCAUGGUGAAGAACAGUCUCUGUUUUCAACCAAAUAGGAAACCCCUGGAAAAUUCACCAAAGCAUCGCCACCGGUCGCACACGAUAUCGGCCCGCGUCAGCGGAGAUCAACAGCAGCAGUGCGCCAUGAUCGGUGCCGACCAGUCGCUGGUGGUUGCCGCCCACCACGAGACUAACCUGUGCGGUUACGAUUCCUAUCUGCACCAGACGAUCUGUGCGGCGGCCGCUUCGGCGAAGCAUGCAGCCCUGCACGGUGGAGUUGUCGCCAACGGUGGUGUCUUCACGGCCCUGCCAGUCGCGACCGUAACGCCGAGCAGGAUUCUGCAGCACCAUGUCGCGCACGCCAAGGCGAAGAGGAAGGAACAACGCCUCGCAGUCACCAACCGGACCCAUGGUCACCAGGUGAAACUCAGUACGGCGGUGCUCAACCAGCAGUACCCGAAUCUGUCGGCCGAGCAGAAGCUCACGCGAUCGAUCAACCAGGUUGAGAAGUGGCUCGACAACCGCAGCCCAAAGCUGGUCAACAAGCUGAAGCUGGCGGAAGAGAUGGCCGAACGGGGAGGUCCCCGGACGGCUGCCGCCCUCAAGCUUAAGCGAUCCAAAAGCAAAGAAGAGAUCAUCCCAAGGACAGCCAAACUCGACAACGUGCUUGCCGCAGAUCUCCUGCUGGAAAACCUCAAAAUCACCGAAGACAUCGCCGAACUAAGCGUCGUCACCCCCAAGAAAGUCUUCAACAAAGAAUGCCUCAUCAGCUCGGCGACCAAGAAGAACAUCCGGACGCACCACACGACCAAAACGAUUUCAACCUCGACCGCACUGCCAACGGCCGAAAAGCCGUCCCCAGCCCUGGAGCAGAACCUGAUCCAGCUGCAGUACGCGUCCAUCCCGGUCAACGCCGACCCGAGCGAGUGCGAGAACCUGAUCCGCAUGUCCGACGCCGAGGAGGAUUUUCCCUUGCCCCAGCAGCAGCAACAGCCGCCGCCACAAUCGUCCGCGAGCACUCCGACGCACCGCCACGCGGAUGGGACGGCGGCGGCGGCGGGCUCGGUGCUGGGUGGCAACUCGGGAUCCUCGGCUUCGGCUGCUUCCACUACUGCGGUGCAUCGGUACGUGCACGAGCACAUCCACCACCACUAUCACCACUUUGAGAACGACCCGGACGAGUCCUGAGGGUUGGACGGUGGUUGGGGAGGAGGAGGCGGUGCGACGACGCCCUCGCACUCCUCGGCGGCCGGAAAUAGAUGCUUGGAGCUGGAGUUGUUGGACUAGGUGUGUGUGUGCGUAAGGGGGUUUAACGGGGUAUUGUGCGCUGGAAGUGGGGUUUGAGGGAGGACAAAUCAAAUCAUCCAAAAGAAUGAUCUUUGUCGAGCUGUACUUAUUUCUUUGUAAAAUUUUCAGUUUUUAAGGGCAUCUCCACCAUGGAGGUUUCAAAAUCAAAAAUAUGAGUUGCUACAAUUAUUAUUUGUUUGAUUGCCACGGUAGAGAUGCUCUUACAAAGUCGAUCGCGAUUUUUGAUUUUAUUAAUUUAAACAAGAGUUUUUUCAUUGUAUUUUGUAUUUCUGAAAAUUAAAAAAAAAAGUUUCAAGUUUUAUUUAUUACUUGAUACAUUAAAAUGUGCUCAAGGUCAUCUCUACCGCGUAGAGUUAUGACAUUUUAAAGUUCAUGUCUUCCACGGUAAACAUGCUCUUAUGAAGUUAAUCGCGGUUAUUUGUAUUCAAUGGUUAUUUCCAGUCAGAUUUCUAACAAAUUUGUUAAUUAAUCCUUAAAAUUAUUUAAAAAAAACAUUCAAAAUUAAUUUGAGAGUCAGUCAAUUCAAUUGAGAAGUAUUUUAAAAAGAAUGCCAAUUUAAAAAUACGACCUGUUUUUUUUUUCUUUUGCCAUUGUAGAGAUGCUCUUAUCAAGUGGAGCGCAGUUGCCAAUUUCUAAUUUUUUCAGCUAUCUGGACAUUUCAAAAUGCGUUUCUAAUUGAAUUAUUUUUGUAUUUCAAGUUGACUAAAUUAUACGUUUAAAUUAUAUAAUUAUACUCCAGGAUCAAGCACUAUUUGGUAAAGGGCAUCUGUACAAGGUUCAAAAUUCCCCACAAAUCAGGUUAUUUAAAUUUGCUUUCGUCGCAAAUUCAAUAUUUUUUUCAAUUUAAAAAUAAAAUAAAAAAUAAAGCUCUUUUUGAAGAUAUUUGUUGAUAAUCUUCACCAAAAUAUGUAUUUUAUUUGGAAUCAGUUCUGGUCAUCUGAAAUUCAAUUCUAAUUUUAUUCAAUUAACUCCUGCGCAUCUAGCCGUUUGAGAGGGUCCUGAAAAAUGUAGAGUCGAUUACUCUCAACACCCUUUUCUUCAGUGGCCAGGCCUACUGCGUAAAGUUAACAGCAAAGAUAAUUCGUUGAAAUUAAUUGAGUUGAGUUUGAACCAAGGUUUGAACAUAAAUUUUGGAUGAUCCGAUUCGUAAAAAAUGGGUUAAACCUCAAAUCACCAACAACCAGCGCACAUUUCUACACUGAAACAAACUAAAAGCCAUUACUUUACACUGAUUAGUUGUUAACAAACAAACAAAAACGCGCGGUAAUUUAACUUUUCAACUCCAAUCGAAUCAAGAGUGUGACGUUUGGGUGCGUUUGUUGCGUGCGAGUGUGCGUGCGUGUGUACAAUUUAAAACAAAGUUGAAGGAUUUGAACGACCACAAAAACAUACACACUAUAUCCAAAUUAUGUCGAACCGCGAUCGAAGAGUACUUAAGAAUCUCAACGCAACUUACCUAUAGGCAACUGUUGUGAGAAACAUUUUCGAUUCGCACAGCUACUAACAAAUUUAUCUCGUAUACGUAUGAAUUCGAAGAAAAAAACCUAAACUCUUAAAGCUAAUUGAACCUGCUCCAAAGGUUACUCAAAUAUCCUAUUGCAUUGUGUAGCUGAUUUAAAAACCAUCGCAAGAGAAAAACGAAAAGAAACAAAAAACUCACAAAACAAUACAAAAAUCUUAGCAAUAGUGUUAACUGUUAGUUGCUGCAGCCAAAUAUUCCCUAUUAGCGACGUCACAAGUCAAAGUUUGUAAUUGUAAAUUCAGUUCAGUUCGCAGUAUGAUGUGUACCCGUGUAAUCAUUAAUGCGCGCCUCUAGUUGUACGUGUUUAUUAUUUUUUUCGGUGAAUGUAUUUAUUUAUUCCAAGAUUUUCCUCACCACCUCUCUACAACUCUGUCGGAGCGUGCGAAACACACAAUCGGUUCGUGUGACCCGCGCGCGGAUUUCCUGUCGCAAUCGAAAACAAACAAACAAAAAACACGAAGUAUUUUCCCACCUAAAGCGACUUUUUCGUGAAAGUCGCGCCCGUGUAGCAUUGCUAAGGUGUACAUAUAUAUUUGGUAAUAAGUCGGUUAAGCGACGCCGGAUUUGCGGAAAAAACGAGAAAACGAUGGGGAAAUAUAUAUUAACGGAAACUUACAAGACUGAUUUCAUGUUAUUAUUAUUAUUACGACUGUAAUGCUAAGUGCUAGUAGCUCUUUCACAACCCGAAGAAACUUAUCCAGAACAACGAUUUACCUUUAAACUAGUGUUCACUAUUCCUUCUAUUUUUUUGUAGUUUCAAAAUUUACAACUCCUCAUUUUUUAUUUACGUUCAGUUUAAAAAAAUCAUCGGCAAAAAAUCUUCUAAUUAUAAAAAUUACACUAAUCACACAUUCGGCUUAGAAUUUAAAAAAAAACGAAAUAAAACACUUUACCUUAAGCUUUCAGCGGCCAUGAAUUUCGACUAGGUUAGGCGGUACGAAAAAAAUAAAAUUAAAAUUUAUCAAAAUUAUACGAAUUUGAACUUUGGGAUAAAACAUAAAACUUUAUUUGAUUUUUAAGAAGAAACAUGUUAUCAGAAAAAAAAACUCAAAAUUUAAAAUGCUUACAGGUGGUGUGAGGCUUUUGAAAACUCUAAAUUUAAGCUUUGCGUCUUGUUGCGUAAAAAAAAACGUUCGGAACUUUAGUUAUCAUUUAAACAAAUUUUGGCUUGUUUUAUUAGUUUAAAAUCAAGAAACCUCGAAAAAAUUAUGUAUUUCUUCUCUCUGACUUUAUUUUCUGUUCCCCCAAACACAUCUAGGUUAAGGUGUCUGAUUUGUAUGGACUGCGGUGGGGGAUAACCCUAAUUUGGUGCCGUGACUUUCCUGACUAUCGAAAUGGGUCAAUUAGAAAACACGGUGCUGAAUUUGGGGCACCACGCCGCGGUACUUGUGUUAAGCGGUUAAGACUAAUUUAUUCAAUAAUUGCUUGUAAAGAAUCGAUUUUUUUAUACUAGAAAUUUUCCUACGGGAAAGACGUCGAAGCAAAAUAUACACAAAAUGUUUGAAGUUGAAAA